GACAAGGAUUUGCACUCUGAAAUGACUGACAAGGUCUUUGUCGAAUCUUUAUCCCUCUCAGCGAACAUAGGCCCGGACUGGUGGGGGCGACCUCGCGAGCAACCCGUUCUCAUCAGCGUCUAUCUGACCCUCCAACCCUCGUCUUUGGACCGUACAGCCGAAACGGACGAUGUAAGCGAUACGGUGAACUACGGAACACUCAGCAAGACGGUGACACAGCGUGUGGAGGAAGAGUUCAAGGAUCAGCUCCGCAGUCAUGGAUUGCAUGGCGUGGCAGCUGCUGUGACACACACAGCGACUGCGCUCGCGGGUGGCAAGGCAUUGGAAGUGAAGGUCCGGGUCGAAGCUCCCAAAGCUAUCCUGUUAGCAGACGGACUCGCCUUGGAGACUGUGUGGGAGGUCGAUGCCGAGAGCGGUCAGUCAGACUUAGGAUCGCUGAAGAAGAGGAAAGUUCUCGUCAAGGACCUGAUCUUGGCUGUUAUCAUCGGAGUGAAUCCGCCGGAACGGGAAGCUAAACAGAGGGUCAUCCUCAAUCUGGAGUUUGAAGAAGCCCUGGGCACAGGCGCUUUCGGGGACUACCCCAGUGUAAUAACGGAUAUAACUCAGGCCUUGGAAGCCUCGUCCUAUCUCACACUGGAGAAGUUCGCGAUGCAAGCAGUCCGGAUUGGUUGUUUAUCAUCCGAGCAUGUCCACUCGGUAACGGCCAGAGCGCAGAAACCGAGUGCCAUCUCCUUCGCCCACUCGUCCGGCGUGGAAAUCACUCGACCCAGGGCACAUUUCCUUCGUUAGGACGUACAUUGCGGCCGGGCGUGUAUUCCUGGUAGUAAAACCGAUGUGCCGACUGACCGCCCAGUAUCGUAUGAGGUAGGCGAGCGCGGUAAACAAGAUCAGUUUUCUGGCGGGUUCGAUGAUGCCAUGAACAUUGUUACAAGAGAGGUUCAUGAAGAUGUACAGUAUACGUAUAACCCAUCGACCUUUUUCCACCGCGUGCCAAGAGCCUAUUCUGCGCGUUCAUCGCACGAUGACUAUGUACUUAUCACCAAACAUACCUAUUGACGUCGUCCACGAGGCCCGGGCUCGGAGCCCUCUGGAGUACCUUC